AUGGUCUACUGCAUUCUGGAGUCAGAGUCGAUAUUGACGUGUUCCAAAAUCCUACACGCAGCGCAGCACGUCUGCUGCUACGAGCUGUUUGGCGGACCAGUAGAGGAGAGACGUCAACGCUACGUCACCAAAGACGGGAAGUGCCAAGUGAACCUGGGCCCCAUCGAGGACAAGAGCCGUUUCCUCUCGGACAUCUUCACCACUCUGGUGGACCUGAAGUACCGCUGGUUCCUCUUUGUCUUUACCAUGUGCUACAUUGUUACGUGGGUGGCCUUCGCAGAGAUCUAUUUCCUAGACGCCUGGCUGCGGGACGACGUGGCCCACGUCCACGACCCGCAAUGGCAGCCGUGCUUCGAGAACGUGGACAGUUUCAUCUCCGCCCUGCUUCUGUCGGUGGAGAGCCAGAGGACCAUUGGCUACGGCUCCAGAUUGGUGACGGCCAACUGCAUGGAGGGAGUGGUUCUCCUCAUGGCCCAGUCUAUCAUUGGCUCAAUCAUUGACGCCCUCAUGGUCGGCUGCAUGUUCGUCAAAAUCUCCAGGCCUCAGAAAAGGGCCCAGACUCUGAUCUUCAGCAAACACUGUGUCAUAUCGGAGCGUGAUGAGAAACUCUGCCUUCUCUUCCGCAUUGGAGACCUGAGGGCGAGUCACAUGGUGGACGCCAAGAUUCGAGCCAAGCUUAUUAAGUCCAGACAGACCAAGGAAGGGGAGUUCAUACCGCUGGAGCAGUCCGAGAUCAACCUGGGCUACGAUACCGGAGGAGACAGGCUUCUGUUGGUCGAGCCUCAGACCAUCACCCAUGUCAUCAAUGAAAGCAGUCCCUUCUGGGAAAUAGGGGCUGAGCGUCUGACAAGGGAGAGAUUUGAGAUCAUCAUCAUUCUGGAGGGAAUCGUGGAGGCAUCAGGUAUGACAUGCCAAGCCAGAACCUCCUAUACUGAGGAGGAGAUUCUGUGGGGCCACAGAUUUGAAUCCUGCAUGUCUCUGGAAAAAGGGUCUUACCGGGUGGACCAUAGUGUAUUUGAUAAAACCUUCCCAGUACAUACCCUCACCCUUAGUGCUAAAGAGAAGAGUGAUGAAAAAGAAGACGAGGUCCUAUUUUAG